ACAGACACAAAGUCAACAUGGGCUAUAUCGUACAAAUGUAUGAAAACAAAAUGUCGCGUUUUGGUCUUAAUUUAAGGUUAGGGUUAGGCAUAAAGUGAGCAAUGUGGUAAAGGUUAGGACUGAGAUUAGGUUUAGCUGUAAAAAUCUGCUUUCAAGUAGAAUGUAGAAAUGGGCGGGGUUUAUGAGUUUGUGGCUGUGGUAGCUAGUGUCGACCAUCCCGAACCGAACUGGAGUUAGUGGUUUUCAGGAAAGGACACGCAUAGGAUUUCAUAAUGACAGAGCGGAUCAACAACUUCCCACUGCUGCCUAAGUUCCUGCGAAUCAAGCCCUGCUUUUACCAGAAUGUGGAGGAGGAGAUCCCAGCCCCGCACCGACAGCUGGUGCGCAGGGUCUACAACCUCUGGAUGUUGUAUUCAGUCACACUGUGUGUGAACGUGGUGUCAUGCAUAGCUUGGUGGGCAGGAGGGGGAAGUGCAGGCAAUUUUGGCCUUUCCCUGCUCUGGCUUCUUCUCUUCAGUCCGUGCAGCUACACAUGCUGGUUUAGACCUCUCUACAAGGCCUUUCGAGCUGACAGUUCCUUCAACUUCAUGGCCUUUUUCUUCAUCUUCUUCCUCCAGUGUGUUUUUGCUCUCAUUCAGACUGUGGGCAUCUCUGGUUGGGGUGCUUGUGGUUGGAUCGCGACAGUGCUGUUUUUCAGCUACAACGUGGGUUCUGCUGUAGUCAUGCUAUUCUCAGCUCUGCUCUUUACUCUGGUGACUGUGUUGAUGGGAUUGGUUCUCAUCAGGGUUCAUGGGAUGUACCGUGGCGGGGGGGGCAGCUUUGAGCGUGCACAGGAAGAGUGGACCACUGGACUCUGGAAGAGCGCCCCUGUGAGAGAGGCCGGCUUCAAUGCUAUCAAUGAAACUGGCCCAAGCCUACCCCAAUACCCCGCUGUGCCAAGCUACCCAGACAAUGGCCCCUGGUAAAUAAAACCCUAAGUGGACUCUAGAUGGAGACAGAGCACUUUAUUCCAUGGCAUGCAAGAUAGUCCACCACGCCACACUAGUACAAUCUCACCUUGACACUAUAUGAAAUGCAUAGCUGGAAUUUAAGAAUGUUAAGGGGAAAAAAGGCAUAAUCAGCUGACUUUAUUCAGCAGGACUUUGUUUUAGACUUAAGAGGCCACUGUUAUAGACAUUGUUUCCUGGAGUGGGAAGCUUUUCCAGGGAAACACAUCUAAGCCUUAUAUUGUUGGAAAAAUAUGUGAUGGAGAUUCAAAAUAUGAUCCAUUACAUGUUUACAUUUAUUUUCUACUCUCAAAAUAUUAAUCUGUUCCCUCAUAUUUGAAAGAGCGACUGGAAGAAAAAAAAUAUAUAUAUAUAUAUGAUUUUCUUUUGUACUUGGAGAGCUAGGGGUCUUUUAUAUUACAGUAGCAUAAUUAAUACUGUUCAAGAAAAUUGAUAUGUCUGAAACAGAAAAGCAAGGUGAUUCCAAAGUUGUUUUUGGAUCAAUUUUGGCAGCCAUAUUCGGUGAUCAAUUCUUGCCAGUACAAUACUGUACUUCUUGAAAUCUACAAAAGCCUUAACACUACUGGACAUGACUGAAGGAUCAGGGUCCUCUCCUUGAAGUUGGAUAUAUGGAUAUAGUGCAUUUUUUAUUUAGUGAUGAGAUGUAUUUAGUUUUUUAUUAAUAUUACAAGUGUUUGUUUUUGAUACCUUUUCUUCUUGCUUGAUCUGCUUUUGCCUUGUUUCUGAAAACUAAAUGCACCUUAAUCGUACAUGAGGUAUUUGCAUGUUAAUUCUUCCCCCCCCCUUGACUGUCGCCAUAAGUGCUGCUACUAGACGAAGCCAAUGAGAAAUGUGCUUAAACACAUCACUGUUAGAUACUGUGUCCUUCUAAUUCAACCUGAGCCUUUUAUCUUUUACUCAUCCUGUGCAGUGCACUGAUCUUUCUUUGCUUUUGAUGGUCAGUGCCCUGUUGUGUAAUAACCCUUCUCUCUAGCCAGUGCUCCAAAACAGCUCAUCUCAGUCAGUGUGUUCCAGGCUGGAGCUUUGUGUUUACAAUGUGGUUGGGAGAGCGGCAGCCACUCAUCUUGAAUAGAAAAAUCAAAUAAGUUCCAAGUCACAUACUCAAGUGUUCAUCUCCAGGGUUAACUACCAUAAUGAGGUUUAUUUUUAAUUUGCUUUGUAUGGCUUGUCUGUAAUGCAUGUCAUUCUGUAGUGAAUAUAUAGAAGACAUUCUUGAAAAUGCUUCAAAUGUGUUGCUGCAAUGACUAAGCCUAGCACGAACCACCCUGAUCUUGCAAGCUUUCAUUCUGUUUCGCUACACAGAUACUGUGUCCGUGGAGUGAAACAGAAUGUAAGCUUGCGAGAUCAGGAUGGGUCGUACGAGCCUAGCAAUGACUCACUACCAUAAACAUUUCAAUCAAACAAUUCA